AUGGCACCAAAAUCAGAAGAAAUAGAAGAUACAACAAAUUAUUCUCCGUCAUCAUCAUUUUCUAAUAUUGAAGAAACAAUCGAGAAACUCACCACAAUUAAAUCAGUAAAUGUUCCAUUGCCAUAUUUUGUCAAGAAUGGAAAAAUGCUUUUAACCCCAGCAACAAAUAGAUUAUGGAUGUUAGCUAAACCAUUUCUUAAAUUAUUAAUGGAUCCAAAAAGAACACGUCCCAUAUUGACAGUUGCAAACCAUUUAUCAACGGUCGACGAUCCUUUAAUUUGGGGAAGUCUUCCUUUCAAAGUAUUUCUAAAUCGUGAAAAAGUACGUUGGACUCUUGGUGCACAAGAACUAUUUUCAAAGAUAUUUGCACUUGGUCAAGUUGUACCUACUGUUAGAGGUGCUGGCAUUUAUCAACCUGCUAUGGAUUUUGCAUUGGACAGAUUAAAUGAUGGUAAUUGGGUUCAUGUAUUUCCAGAGGGAAAAAUCAAUCAAACAUUGGAUAUGCUUAAAUUCAAAUGGGGAAUUGGCCGGUUGGAAGAAAUCAUGCCAGAGGAAAGAGAUCGUCCUUGGAUUCCAAUUCUUGGUAAAAAAAUGGUAAUUGCUUAUGGAAAUCCAAUUGACUUUAAAGAUGUAUUGAUUAAUUUUCAUGAAGGUAAAACUGAGGAAUUAUCAACACGUAUUAAAAUAACCGAUGUUAUAUUUGAUGCUAUGGAUGAUUUACAAAAAAAGGCCGAAUCAUUAGAAGCCGGAAGAGAACAAUCAUAA